AUGUUUGGAUGUUUAGGUGUAUGGAUUCAAAUAAUGCUUGUUGGUAUUUACCUGUUUAUCUUUUUCGCGGUGAACGAUGGUAAAAAGUAUCGAAAAUAUGAUUUGGGUACAAUAAAGGAAGGUAAUGAUGGUGGUGGAAUUCAUGCUUAUAUGUUUUUUGGUGAAGUCAGUGCAGGUCAAUUUUCGUAUUUUGAAAUGAAAAGUGAAGGUCGGUAUCGUUUAAUUUUACAGUCCCUCACCGGUGAUGCAGAUAUUUAUUUGUCGUUUUCAAAGACAUAUCCUACCACUGACGUAUCAGGACAUGAAAUGGUGUCUGCCUCUUGUGGAAUCGAUUCUAUUGACGUGCCUUUGUUUUCAAAACGCCCUGUUUAUGUCGGGGUAUACGGCCAUCCAUCAAAGCCAUCAAGUUUAUUCAAACUGUUGCUUCUAAUCAAAUAUUCUAAUGACACGGAGUACGAACCAUAUAUCAACUUCCAACCAGAAGCAAUCAGAAAUUUUUCGGAGUCUAAGUUGUUAGACGAUGGACAAUCGGGAGAAAUUAGUUCUAUUGCCGAUUACUUGCUCUUACUACUGAAAGUGCUUUUGGAAGCUAUCAUAGAAAUUGCGCUUUGA